UAAGGAGCUUUCAAGUAAAAAUAGUCAUGAAAUAGAAUUCAAUUUUCAUGCACUAAUGGGGAAACAAAAUAAAAAUAAGCAAUAUAAUAACAACGAAUCAACCCUUUAUAAUAUAAUAUCAAAUAAAAUAGCACUUAAAAAAAUCUAUUCUAGAGAUAACUUAUUUUUUGUCGAGAUAUCUACAACUAAUAACCCUGCAUAUAGACUGAGAUGUUUACUCGAUACAGGUUCAUCAGUAAAUCUGCUCAGAUAUGAAGCAGUCAAAUCGCUAAGAAUAGACCAAGUAAAUACAAAUGAUACUAUAACAAUAGCAGGAAUUGGUAGAAAUACAAAAACAAUGGGAUCAGUUAAUAUAGGUUUAAUCAUAGGAAACAUAGUAUUCCCAGCAAAAUUUCAUUUAAUGACACAUUUAUUAGUACCAUGUAUACUCGGAGGAGACUUCCUUCAAAAACAGGUAGCACAAAUUGGAAGAAAUUGUGAAUAUGCUAUUUUUGAGCUUGAUACUUGCAAGAAAAACUAUAAAGAAGACGAGUGUAAAGAAUUUACACAAGUCCAUACAUUUGUGGUGCGCUAUACUUUACAGUCACACUGGCAACACUGUAUUCAACGACGCCACCUAGAUUUAAAAAGAGAGAACCAUUAUUGACUUGCUCUAACAAGUUCAGUUUCCAUUUUGUAUUUGCGUUGUUAACUCAUGAAUAAAAUCCACUUCAGUAUUUCAACCAUUAAUCCUUCGACGUUUAAUUUCGUAUGUCGAUUUUUGUCGAUUUUUUCUUAUCGUUUCAUUCCGACUGCAUCCGGACUGCCACACAUCGAAACUUCGCCAAGGCGCCCAUUAGCAGCACACAAAAGAUGUCGAAUGAACAACUCCUGAAAAAUGAAAUUAUCCGUCUACAAGAAGAGUUGCAAGCAGCACAAGCAACCGCUGCAAACAAUGCUGCUGCUACGAGCAACGCUGCCGGCAGUGCAAUUGCAGUAAACAAACUCGGCAUCAAAAUUGAACCUUUCUGGAAGCGUGAUCCGACUCUAUGGUUUGCGCAGCUCGAAGCACAAUUUACGCUAGCCGGAAUAACUCGAGAAGAUACUCGCUAUUACCACGUUCUGGCAGCCAUCGACUCGGAGAUCCUCGCAUGCUGUUCGGACAUUAUUCGUGACCCUCCAGCUGAUGCCAAGUAUACUAAAAUUAAGGAAAGAAUUACCCAGGAAUAUAGCACAAGUGAACAAAAUCGCAUGCAGCAGCUACUACGCGGCUGCGAGCUGGGUGAUCGCAAACCAUCGCAGCUUCUACGCGAAAUGAGGGAUCUUGCCAGGGACGUUAUCACCGACGAAAAAAUUAUCAAAUCGCUAUGGAUGCAGCAACUUCCCGAAACCACGCAAGCCGUUCUUAAAGUGUCAGAAGCCACACUUCAAAUGUCGCAGCUUGCCGAGCAAGCCGACAAGCUCGCAGACAUCACCAGGAGUCAAAUCGUUUCUUCCGCUACAGUUUCACCGGACAGAAGCAAAGAGAUUGGCUUGGCAGAACUACGUACACACAUUUCCGAACUCUCAAACGAGCUAGCCGCUUUCCGUCGAGAGAGAAGCAGACCUCGUAACAGGAGUUUCAGCAGACAGCAGAGUUCCCCAAGCGGCUCCCGAGAGUACCAUCCGUAUUAUUUCUACCACAGAAAGUUCGGAUCCAAUGCUAAGAAUUGUCGAGAGCCUUGUCAGUUCAAAUCAAAAAACUAGCGCAGCUACAAACGACGACGGGCGAAUGUGGCGAAGUUGGUCAAUCCCGUCUAACAAUUCACGAUUCGGCCACUAACUACAAGUUUUUGAUUGAUACCGGCGCAGACUUAUCGGUUCUGUCAUGUUCACCGUGCCAGAAACUUAAACCGACUCCAAGAAUGGGGUUGUACGCAGCCAACGGUUCCCGCAUCGCGACUUACGGCACCGAAAUUUGCAGGCCAACUUUCGAUCUACGCAGGAAUUUCCCAUGGCGGUUCAUACUGGCUGAUGUAACGACCCCAAUACUAGGUGCGAAUUUUCUGAAACACUAUGGCCUGAUAGUGGACUUGCGGGGUGAGUGCCUAAUAGAUAAAAUGACAAAUAUAAAAGCACGCGGUCAAAUCAAUUUGAUCGCAGAAGGGCUAUUUGGCUUGAAUGCUUUUUCCGGCAGCAACGACUAUGGCGGCUUAUUAAGCGAAUACUCUGACGUCACUAGACCUCGCCUUCCAAAUCAAGAGGUUAAACACAACGUUAAGCACACUAUCAAGGUCGAAGGCCCUCCAUGUAAUUCUAAAUUCCGCAGACUUCCACCGCAUAAGCUCGAAGCGCUUCGUAAGGAGUUAAAGUUGUUCUUAGAGCUCGGAUACAUAAAACCUUCGAAAAGUCCGUAUUCAAGUCCAGUGCAUCUAGCUACUAAGACACUGCAGAACGGUGACAUCAAGUACAGACUCGUAGGCGAUUACAAGAAUCUUAAUGACUCAACCAUCGAAGACCGGUAUCCUUGACCAACUGCAGUCUUAAUAGGCUAGCAUAUCGGUUGGGCUCUCCAUGCGAUACACAAUACUAACAGACGACUCGAGCUAUGAUGCUCACUAGGUCACUGCAGCUUUUAGGCUCGUAUUGUGAUCAACUGUUUAUUAGAUUUCGACCAUAUAUAUGUGAUAAAUCAUGUAAAUGUAAAUGGAAUACAAUAAUGUCCCGAUUUUGUCAGUCUCCUUUUUUGAAAAUGUUUUCCAAUGUUCUACAAAACCCAUGCCCUUUUCCAGUAAUCUUCUUGAACCUAUUGCACCAAAGUAUACUUUAAAUAUCCCUCUUAACGAAUGACGAAUGAGAAAAAUUUAGAUUUAUGAUUUUGUGAAAUUAUUGAAAGAAAAAAAUCUGAAGCGCGGAGGG